CUUGAAAAAGAGCGACAGCACGGCGACAUAUGAGUGAUUUGUCUUAUUCUUGAUAGCCUUUGUUCUCACGCGAUUCAUCCUUACAGCCGUGUAGUAAUAAGUUGUAUUUGAGAAUCUUCUGAAGUGCCGGGGGGCUUUGAUGUGCAGGAUUCACAACCUAACCUAACCAAGUAGCUGAACACUAUUUAAGUCGUACACGUACUACACCUACAACAUAUCUUCUGAAAGAAUUAGCAGAAGCAAGGAUGACGGUGCCUUGUGGAGAAGCUCCUCCUUUGUUUGGGCAGGAUGAGGACGAAAUCGUUGGCAUCGAGGACUCACAGCGCGAUGAGUAUCAAAAUCUUGCUCAAGAACGCAGGGCUCACCGCCAAGAGCGAGAACAAUUCGAAGAUGAGCGAAUAGGGGGAAAAAUAGGCGGCGCUUCUAGCGCCAACAACAAGAACAAUUGUAAAUUGAAGUUCCUCCAACCCCGCAAGGAGAAGCGUUUCAAGAUUUACUUCAAGUACGAAGGUCGUCGUGGGCCUCAGUGCUACCUGAAGGUACGGCUUCCAAAGCAUGGAGGAUACGAAGAUGGGCCAAGUCUGGGGAUCAAGAGGUUUUUCGUCUCCCAAUACAACAAACUACGAGAAAUGCUUAGUGAGCAUGGCUGCCACUUGAGAUCGGAGCUGGGAAUAGCGAUUCCGGACACGGAUGCAAUAUCAGGAUACAUCGGAUACGGGGGAUUGGUACUAAUAUUCUAGCUAGAAGAAGAACCUGAAGAUUGUUGCGCUUGCGCUUAGUGUUUUCAGUAGGUCUAGUUGUAUUCCAUCGUAAUAUUAUCAAGAAAUCCUAAAUCGAGUUAGAGUUUGUUGAGUACCUUUAAAAAUACUUCGUAUCUUCAAAGAUCUGAUCUCGAGUUCGAGUACCUUUACAACUUCGUAUCAUCAAAGAUCAAAGAUCAUUUUUGAUUUUCAAUUUCGACGGACAACGCUCUUACUUAAGUACAUUUCAAGCACCUACUUCUUAUACCUGUACUUACUGCUUUCCUCCGCUUACUGCCACAGAUCUACGUCGUCGACGGUUCGGGUCCACUGAAAGGGGCAGAGGAUGAUGUGUACUUUUGGGGUCAUUCGACGUUCUCUAAAUCCUCCGGAGAUGCACCACAGAAAAUGCUUACGCUAUCGCACAAGAGAAUCGCGCAGAUUUCUGUCGGCACUGAGCAUGCGGCAGCAGUACUCUUUUGUUUUUUUCGAUUUGGUUUUGGGUCUUGUACUUGAACUUGUUGUCGGGAACUUGUUGUCCUCGUGGUAGAAAUCGGGGAUGAUGCAUUCAUAUUCUGACCAGCAAGAAAACAAGGAAUGUCGUGUUUGUCCCCCGAACUGCUCCCAACGAACUAGGUAACCGAAGGUGGUCGCGUCUUUACUUGGGGACGCAAUGAUUUCGGUCAGCUGGGCACUGGGGACGAGCAGGAUCGACCUUUGCCCAUUUUAGCCGAGCUCCCCUAUGAGGUUUACGUGAGUCAACUCGCUUGUGGAGGUCGCUACACGCUAGCUCUGGAGAAAAAGGGAAACAUCUGGUCCUGGGGUAGAUUUCAAGCCAGCAAUUUCCCUAGGAAUUUCGUCGAUACCUGGUGUAACGGGUUCGUGAAGAAGCCUGCAGAUGGUGCAGAAGGAGCAACACCUUCUACUUCCUCCACUGGCAUUGGUCUGUCUGGACGCAAGAUAGUGAAAGUCGCUGCCGGCGAUAUGCACAUGGCGGCAUUGACGAAGGAAGGUGAGGCUUUUACUUGGGGCUACAACGACUACGGCCAGCUUGGGUGGGGCCUCAGUGGCGUGGACCGCACAGGCCAACAAAAACCUACUCAAGUGAAGGGUUUGCUAGAAGGCGAAAAGAUCCUGGACAUUGCAUGUGGAGGUGCACACACAGUGGCAAUUAGUAGUGAGCACAAAGUGUUCGGCUGGGGCAGCAACGUUGGAGGGCAGAUCGGACACGGGAUGCGACAAGUAUUCCCGGAACCCCAAGAAGUGCCUCUAGGCGAUCCGAUCACGAAAGCCUCUGCAGGAUGGAUGUGCACAGUCUACGUCACAAAAGAAGCGAAAAGUAUCAUCUGCGGUGGCGUCAACAGUGAAGGACCAAGCGACGUCAGUGCACUGAAGAAAGACGCGGAAGAAGAAGGUACACCUUUCUACAACAUCGCGUAUUUAGAACUUCUUCACCCAGGGGAUGACACGACAGUGGUUUUCCUUGACAAAUAAACCACUCAGAGUGAGUUCCUAUCAAUAUUUCUUCCGUUACCCAUACCAAAUAUCGCUAUCCCAAACGAAAGAAAUCUUUACACAUUUUUUGCGACGAUGACUCAACGACAAGCUCAUCCUCAACACUCUCGCGCCCAGGUGCCAAAAAUGAUGCUGAGAAGGAGGCAGUAAGCAAUGAACAGCAGCAGGCGCAAUUGUUAGCAAAGCUAUCAGGUGGAGCAGAUUUAAGUGCUGACUGUGUUGUCGCUUGUGCAGUUGGCGAAGCACACGGUUUACUAGUGAAAGAGAGUGGUGAGCUCCUUGGUUGGGGCUAUAACCGGCUUCAGCAGUGUCUAGGAGAGCAAAGUGCAGACACAUUUGUGAAGAAACCAACGACAUUGAAAACCAUCGACUUUUCACAGUAUAAGGGACGGACAGUAGGAUGCGGAGGAGCGCAAAGCUACGCAUUGCUCGGUUUGAAAACCAGCUAGGAGAGCAGUGUUAUUUGGCAGUGUCAUUUCGACGGGUCGUGCUCUUUUUCUCGUUGAAGAAAGCCGCGAGGCUGAAUACUAUCAACAAGCUGGAAGUCACACAUGGCAAUCCAAUGUUCUUAAGUCAUACAGCUACGGGAACUCCAAAACUUUCAC